GGGCGGGAAAGGGCGGGGAGGCCGGGGUGUGGAAAGUGUGGCGGCCCCGCCCCGUCUCUUGGAACUGCCGCGGCCGCCACAGCUGCCGCCGCCGCCGCUGUGCGGGACCGGCGCGGGUGCGCAGGCAAAAGGCUCUCUCUACCUUCUGAAAGUACCCUCAGAAGAAUCUCCCUAGCCCACCAUGGCGGAUGAAAUUGAUUUCACUACUGGAGAUGCUGGGGCUUCCAGUACUUACCCUAUGCAGUGUUCCGCCCUGCGCAAAAACGGCUUCGUGGUGCUCAAAGGACGACCAUGCAAGAUAGUGGAGAUGUCAACUUCCAAAACUGGAAAGCACGGUCAUGCCAAGGUUCACCUUGUUGGAAUUGAUAUUUUCACGGGCAAAAAGUAUGAAGAUAUUUGCCCUUCUACUCACAACAUGGAUGUUCCAAAUAUUAAGAGAAAUGAUUAUCAACUGAUAUGCAUUCAGGAUGGUUACCUUUCCCUGCUAACAGAAACUGGUGAAGUUCGUGAGGAUCUUAAGCUGCCAGAGGGUGAACUAGGCAAAGAAAUAGAAGGAAAAUAUAAUGCAGGUGAAGAUGUACAGGUAUCUGUCAUGUGUGCAAUGAGUGAAGAAUAUGCUGUAGCCAUAAAGCCCUGCAAAUAAAUGGGAACAUCAGGCAUGACCAAACUGUUUAGGUCUGGAUCAACUACAGAUCUAAAGUUUGGUUCUAAGUUGUCACCAAAGCUAUGGCCUUCAUAAGCAACCUCAUUUCUUUUUCAGUUGUUUUGAAAUUGUGCUGAGUUAGUUUUGUAGGCAAUUAGCAAUUUAAAAAAAUAAUCAAGAUAUAUAACUUUUUUUUUAAUUUUGUAGGUGUCUUUACUAUAUAACAUUCCUGUGGUUUUCAGUAUGUGAGUCCAAGAAACAGAUGAGAUAAGCUUCAGCAGAUAUGAUUUGUCUGAGCAAAUCAUUCCUGAAUUUUAGUUAAAUUAUAAAUAAACCAGGGUUUUAAACAAUGUAGCAUCCAGUGGUAUUGAUGUACCACAUUUAAGUUGAAUUGCUCUGCAUUAAUUUCAAACUUAAUAUCAUAGAAUAAGUAGAUUAUGGAUUGGAAUUGUCAGAAUUUCAGCCUGGGUGUGGCAAGUAAAGAUCCUUAAACAAAAAUGUUAUCAAAAGUGCCAGUUAUCUUAGUAACCGUGUGCAGCCCACCUGUGUUACCUCAGUCAUUCUGUUCUUUGCCAAGUUUCUGGCAGACUUAAUAUAAUCUGUAUUAUGGUCAUUUUAGUACUUUGUUGUGGUUAACAGAGGCGUUAAACUGUUGUGUGGCUGUUAGCAAGUCAUAUUGUAAAGAAGGCCCAAAGGACAGUGGCAGAGGGUGUUGGUAAAAGCUGUAGCUUUUUAUUUGAGCCCUUUGUAAUCAGCAUAAAAAUAGGAAGUUUCUGUUUGCAUUUUUAACUUUUGUUUUCUCUAUUUAAAGGAGUGACAUGCUUUACAGGAUACUAUGCAGUACUUUUUAUCGAUUAUGUUGAAUAGUUGAUAUUUGUAGUAAUCACUCCUUUCCAGACAUUUUUAAGUAGACUUUUUUUGACAUCAGAGUAUUUGUUAAACAAAAACUGGAAAUUCUUAAAUUAUUUGGAAUGCUUGUUAAAUUUAUGUAUGUUUUUUCUAACAUGAAAGUGAAUCAUAAAAGAAAAGUUACUUUAUAUGAUUAUUAUUUAACUUAAGUAUAUGUAUUUAUCUGAUUGUCAUGUGACUUAAUUCACUUAACUGGUAUGAAAUAUAGCUAGGAAAGAUUUCUAUAAACUGAAUUACUUUUAAAAGUAUUUUAGGUGAUUCUGUUACAUUUCUGUUCAGUCUUUUGGAUCAUAUAUCUCUCUAUUUCCAGAAUUCUAGGCAUUAUCACAGGGUUUGUGAGGCCUCAAUAACAGCCAUUAUAUUGCAGUGAAACUUAGAACAAAAUCACCUUUUUAGUAAUACUUUCAUUCUCUAAGACUGAUUCUAAGACCUCUCCCAUCAUACAUUGACUUCUAAAAGGCCUUUGUACCCUAUCACCUAGAGGAAAAUCUGCAUGAUGCUAUAAUCGGUCUACUCAGUGAUUGGAAAUAGCAUUAGGAACAGAAGAUCCCAGUUUUAGUUACUUAAUUUGCCCACGUUUUAAAUCUUGUAUUGGCCUCAGCAAAACCACUUGGAGAAGAAGCAAGAUGCUUUAAGGAAAUGCAAGAGGAAUUCUAAAGCACAAGAAAUAUUGAUGUUAUAGUUAAUCAUUUUUUAGUAUAACAUUUUAGCUUUUGCCCAUCUAAGCACAAUUAGUAAUUAGGCUAAAUUCUUUCAUUUCCAGAAUUCCAUUUAGGUAUCACUGCUCUAGUUUUUUUAAUACUCUGUAGUAUGUAUCUUACUUGUGACUGGUUGGCAUUGUUACCUGCAGGAAUUCCAGCAAGUUACCAGUCUGUGCUUCUUGCUGGCCAUUCAUAUGACCCCAGUUAACUACACUAGUAUUCUGGUUUAGUAUUAAUUCUGGGUUAGCAUGCCCUUGUUCUUCCUAAUUUAUCAAACUUCACAUAAAUAUAUUUUCAAUUGCAAGGUAAAGUAUUUCAAUUGCAAAGUAUAUAUAAAUUAUAAUAAUGCACCUAUACUUCAUAUAUUGAAUGGCAAAAGCUACUUAUGCAUAAGUAUUUCAAGUACUAUAAUAAAGUGUAAAUUCUCUUCUGACAUAUAAUUAUAGAUUUUAAAGAUAUGGGACUGUUUAUUUUCAUGUAAGUCAAUACUUGUUUCUCUUGAACAAUAUAUUUCAUUUAGAAAAGCUUUAUAAAUUGUAUUAAAAGGAAGCAGGAAACAUUUUUUAAUAGAACAGAAAUGACUUCUUUUUUGACAUCAGAAAUGUUAAAAGUUGAUUCCUAGUAUUUGUUGUACUUUUUUGUAGUAAAUGUUAAAUGUCACAGUUACCAUGUGUAGAAUGUAGACUGUCAUCUUGAUAGAUUAUACAGUGAUAUACCUUUUUGUCUGCAGGCAUUUCACCAAUUUAUAUACAGUAUUAUACUAACAAGUGGAAUAUUUGUUUCUUUCUAGAACAACAUAUUUUAUUUCUAGUGUGAAGACUUUGUUAUAUCUUAUUUGCUACAAAGUUGUAUACCCUCUGAAACAGAUCAAAUUAUUGCUACUUUCACUUAGCAUUUGCAUCAUAGACAUGAUGUUUCUUUCAUGCUCCCCUCCAAGGGCUGUCAAGUCACUUGAAAUUGCUAACUGAGCAACUUCACAUUCACUUUUCACUUUCAUGCAUUGGAGAAGGAAAUGGCAACCCACUCCAGUGUUCUUGCCUGGAGAAUCCCAGGGACGGGGGAGCCUGGUGGGCUGCCGUCUAUGGGGUCGCACAGAGUCGGACACGACUGAAGCGACUUAGCAGCAGCAGCAGCAAGCUCUUGAAUCCAUUUCCAUUUAUGGUACAAAAUUCUGUAUGGAUUCUUUAUAACUAUUACCAAAACUCUCCUGCAGCCAGAGCAUGAAAUCUUUAAUAGAAUAUGCUGCAAUAAAAUGUUUAGGCUAUAAAAUUUGGGGAUACAGUUUUUCAUUAUAGCACAACAUGUGUGCAUAUGUGCACAUAGCUUUGUAUGUUUGUUCUCUUUACAAAGUCCUUCCAACUCUUAAAAGUACUGUAGUCUGGUAGUGCCUCAAAUGUUGGUAACUUUUUUUUUUAUUUACAACUUUUCCAGAAUUUGUUUUUGUAUUUUAAAGUUUCUCAAUUAGAUUAUUUCUAGUUGCAAUUUGAAUGCAUUGUUCUCAGGGCUGUUUGUGCUAAGAGCUGAAGUUUCCUUAUUUUAAAGCUAACUGCCUGAAAGAAUAUUGUAAAAAUUUCCCACAUUGUAAUACAAUGAUACAUACAAAUAAAAAUCUGUAAUAUCAACACACUUAAACUAUAUGCUAAAUAUUCAAGAAAAAAAUUGGAAUAUUGCUAACAUGUAUACUGGAAUCUUGGCAUAUUUUUUUCAUUUUAGAAAAGAAUUUGGUGGUCUUAUCUUAGAACCUUAUCGUUAAUGGUACACCUGAAAGCACUCCUUUGGCAUGGACCCCAAAGAUAGCUUUGGAGCCAAACUUUGAUGCGAUUUUCAAAACAUGUCUAGGGACAAAAGAAUUAAAAUUCAUAAUACUUUUGGGGGCACAUUAAAGUGUUUACAGAUGGAAUUCUGUAUAUGAACUAGUAACAAAUUUAUUAUAAGAAAAUAUGACUCUUAAGCAGUAUAUGUACAAACUAUAAGUAUAUAUCCAUAAACAGCAUAAUAUUAAUUGGUCAACAGUUUUAAAUUUUCUGAUAUCUAGGCAUAUUUCAUAGUUUUCAAGCCUUUUUUCCUCCCAGCAUUUGGACAAGUAAUAGGUAACAAAGACGUAAGAAAAUUUCAUUGUGAAAAACCUUAAAAUUGAGAAAAUUCAAUCCAUUAACUUUAUUAAAUUUUCUUUCUCUGAAUUGGGCAUAUGGUAUUUGAUUUUAGCAGGGAACAUUUGGAUUUAGCUUACAGAACACAGAUGUUCUAUGGGAACAUGACUUGAAGUUCUAUAUAAUUUAAUAUUUUUUCAUUAAAUGACCAUCUGAGCAUCAACAUAACUACCACGUGAGGUCAAGUGCCUGAAAAGUGCUGUAUAUAUCUAUACACGUUUUCCUUACAUGAAAGAUGCAUCUUCUAGCAAUGCAUAUCAGGCUUUCACCUGCUAAAAAAAAUUCUUGUUGCCCAACCUUACCAUCCACCACUAUUCCUGACUCCUUAUUACAAGUUGCAACCUAUUUUACAAUUAAAAGAGAGGUUCCUUAUUUAUAUAAAGUCCCUAAAACUAUGUCUUGAUAUUGGUAGACCUAAGUUUAUCAUAGUUCAAGAUUGCACUUUUUUAAAACUCUGGAUGUAAACUUUGUUCAGUGGUGACUAUACAGCUUGUCAUAAGUCACGGUUGUGAUCUUUCUUGAGAGGAAUCCUUUAUGUGGUUAAUAUCUACUAUAAAUAAGCACUCUUGUGCUUGUUAUAAAGAAUAAUGCAAAUUCGUAGCUCUGUACUGUUUCUGUCCUUCUCUUCAAAAAGGAAAUAGUUGAAAUGGCAUUGUCUAAUCCAGUGGCACUUUAUUAGUAAUACAUUUUAUUUGUCAUAGGUAUAAGAGAACUCUUACCUGCAGAGACUCAUAUGUUUUAGCUAAAACUUUAAAAUUCUAAGAUAUGUAGUAUGGGUAAUAUUAUAAUUGUGUAUUUUGCAUUUCAAAAAUGGGUAAAAUUCAUACAGUAAGCCUUUGACUAUGUUAAAAUAAUUGUGAAAUCCUUUAAAAUGUAGAUAGUAAACUAAUCAAUUAUAACUUUUUGUUACAAUAUAUUUGUCUGUUAACUUCAUCAGUUAUAUUAAAUAAAGUUAAUAGCUUAUACUA